ACAGAAACCAGUGACAGCUGGUGGCGCACUCCCAGUUAGGAACAAGGCGAUCGGCUAAUGACUCACCUGGUAUGACUGACUGGUUUUGAUUCAUUCGGAAUUUUUUUUCAUUGCAACUUUAAUAACGUUAACUCAUUAUAAAUCAUCAUAGGCAAAAACAAAUAGCAUCUUGGAUGCGUUCACAUCAUCCUGGAUGCGUUCGAGUCCACUGGGAUUGUAAAGAGAGGCGGUGGGAAGCAUCCCCAGAACGGCGGGCUUCUUCAGAAUCCCAGCGGGGGCGUGGCCGCAGGUCAGGUGGUCGGUGUCGUGACCUUUGGACCUCUCGCGGGGCGGCGGAGAUGAGACCAUGCUAACCUCGGAGGCUAACCGGGAGUUCCAGGCCAAAGAGAGGAAAUACAAAGCCCAGCUGAAGAGAUGUCUGUCUGCUGCCCUGGCCCAAGACCUCCUCAGGCUGCUGCAGGAGGAGCUGGAGUCUGAUGUGUGCGUGUGCAGCGGCCCGAGUUCCCUGAAGGCUCACCGAGCGCUGCUAUUGGCCAGAGCUCCUCACCUCCUCUCAGCCCCUCCCCACCUUCUCCCCGGGCCCAAGGGGGACGUGGAGAACGUCCAUGUGUCCGGCCUGGACCCCGCGGAGCUCACACAGCUGCUCAGGACGGUGUACACCUCAGAGCAGAGCCUGGUGGGCCCCCCUGCACCCGGACCCCCUGGGACCAGCUCCCCUGGUGGGGGGCCAGACCCCGACGGACCCCCGGAACCAGGUGUGUGUUGUCUGGAGCCGGCCUGCGGUCUGGGCUCUGACCUGCUGUCUCUGUACCGGAGGGCGGAGCAAUGUGACAUCACCAUCAGAGUGGGCGGGCACGUCUUCCCCUGUCACAGGGCGAUCCUGUGUGCGCGCUCCCAGUACUUCCGGGCCAUGCUGAGCGGCAGCUGGAUGGAGAGCUGCACCCAGGACAUCACUCUGCAGGGUCCCUCCAGGCUGGGCCCGGAGGAGAUGGAGGUCCUGCUGCAGUUCAUGUACGGCGCCAUCGCUGACCUCCCGCCCGGAGCCAGCGCCAGUCAGGUGAUGCUGGCGGCGGACAUGUUGGGCCUGGAGGGGCUGAAGGAGGUGGUGGAGAUGGUGCUGACCCGAGACUACUGCCGCUUCUUCCCCAAGGUGGUGGACGGGGUGCAGAAGAGCAUCGUGGAGUGUCUGUCCCUCACCAGCGCUCUGGGUCUCCUCAAGCUGCACGCCACCUGCAGGAGGUGGGUGGCGGAGCACUUCAUGAAGAGCUGGGCAGAGCGGAACUUCUCCCUGCUGUCGGUGGAGCUCCAGCGGGCGUGCCUCGGCGACGUGGCCGCUGCCAUGACGGUGGACAGCUCGGUGAGCGUGCUCUGUGCCACGGAGCAGCUGAUUGGCUGCCUGCCCGAGGUGAAGUGGGCCAAGCAGGUGCUGAGUCUGGCCAAUGAGCUGCAGGAGGAGAGCCUGUCCGUCAUCGUCCAGAACCUCCCCUGCGUGGUCCGAAGCCCCGCCUUCCUCAGCCUGCUCCGGCAGGAGGAGGUGACCAGGGAGCCGGCCCUGCUGAAGAAGCUGUGUGCGGCGGUCAGAGAAGGAGUCAACGUGGACAACUGCUGCUCCCUGUUCUCCGCCGUGGACGCUCUGCAGGAGGAGGAGCUGGGGCCCCCCACCGAGGAGGAGCAGGGCCCCCCCACCGAGGAGGAGCUGGGGCCCCCCACAGUGGAGGAGCUGGGGCCUCCCACCGAGGAGCUGGAGCCGCUGCGUGCGGAGCUCUCCUCUCUGCGCGCUCGUCUCUGGCUCUUCCUCCGUCAGUCCUUCUUCGCCGUGCGCCACACGCAGGGAUGGGAGGUCCUGCUGCCGCGCCACAGGGACCUGCUGCUGGAAGCUGCUCUUGAUAAAGGAGACAACCGACGCCUCGGGAAGAAACCGGUUUUCACCAGCUCACAGCCCAGGGUGCAGAGAUGCCCCCCCUCCGCGUCGUCUGAGGCCCCCGUUGUGAAGAGGACCCCCGCCCGCCGCCCGCCACCCGCCGCCAUGAAGUCGGACGGCCUCGCCACGGACGGCAAGUCGGGAGACGGCCCCGCCCCCCGCGGAGCCAAGACCGCCAAGCCCCGCCCCUCCGCGCCCCGGACCAAGGCCGGCACCGCCGCGGGCUCGCCGCUACUCAACGGGACCGCCCCCGCCGGCAGCCCCGCCUCCAGACGGGACGCCGCCAACGCUAACGGAGCUAACGCCAACGCGGCUACCGCUAACGGGACCCGCGGCCCCGCGGCGGCGGGCCCCAAGGACCCGGAGAAAAGAGCGGCCCCCGGGGCGCGGCCCACCUGGUCCACGGCCGGACACGCCAAGGCGGGGCCCCGGGGCGGCGGCGCGGCUAAUGGCGGCGCGGCUAGUGGCCACGCCCGGCCGGGGACCUCCACGUCGGGCAGCGCCUCGCCGGACGCCGCCGCCAGCCCGCCCAACAGCCUCCCUGGCCCAGGUUCCAAACCCAAACAACAGACCAAGCUGGUGAGCAAACCCUCUGGGGCCAAAGCCGUCCAGAAACCGGACCCGGCCAAGACCAGCAGUCCGACCAACAAGCCCUCCCCCAGAGAGACCAGUAAGACCAAGGCCAGCCCGGCCCAGAAGACCACUGGAGCCGCAAGACCAGAACCCAGAGCCAGGGGCGGGGCCGGAACCCCGGAGACCAGUGGUUCGAGACCCGGAGCCGUGAAGAAGACUGCCUCCUCUAAGAGGGAGGAGCCUAAGGAGGCGGGGCGCCCUGCCGCAGCAGCUGAACCAAUCAAGAAGAAGACCAAACCCCUUGAGAGGACCGGCUCUAAGCCCUCCAAGACCCCCGGCCUGGCCCCCAAGCCGCCAUCAGGCUCCCCCAGACCGGGACCCCGACCGGGACCCCGCCCCCAGACUGCCCCUCACACCCCCCCCAGGGCUGGAGGCGGGGCCAAGGCCACCGGCUCCUCCCCCAGGAAGCCAGGAGCCAAAGAGGAGGCCGGGUCACCAGCCAAUCAGAACGCAGCACAUGGCGGCAGUAGCGCCGGGGGCGGGCUCUGCCUCCCGCUGAGCUCCAGCCCACGCCGCUCCCCCCACAAGACCCGGGGCUCCAGGGGGGACCCCGGGGGGGCGGGGCCCCAGGCCGGACCCCCACCGGCAGAGGGUCCGGACCCGGGGGGCCGAGAGAGUCAAGACCCCCCCCAGAGCUCCGCCCCGCCCCCCGGGCCGGCGGACACGCCCUGCGGCGGCGGGGACACGCCCCUGGGGGAGGCGUGGGGGGGCGGCGGCGGCGGGGGGCAGCUCCAGGCGACGCCCGAGUCGGAGACGGGCAGCAACAGCACCUCGUCGGACGACAUCAAGCCGCGCUCGGAGGACUACGACGCGGGGGGGUCCCAGGACGACGACUGCUCCCACGGGAGGGGCGGGGCUGGGGGCGGCGACGGGGGCGGGGCCUCCAAGUGCGGCACCAUGCGCUGCUCGGACUUCCUGGGGCGCAGCAGCAGCGACACCAGCACCCCCGAGGAGCUGAAGGUGUACGACGCCGGCACCGGCCUGCGGGUGGAGGUGCGGCUCCGCGGCCGCGAGGGGGCGGAGACCACCAGCGAGGAGGAGCCCGGGGGGAGGCGGCCGCGCUCCUGGCUGCACCGCGACGAGCUGCUGGCCCGGGGAGAGGGGGGGGAGGAGGAGGGGGAGGAGGGGGAGGAGGAGGGGGAGGAGCCCGCCGCCUCCCUCACGCUGAAGAGCCAGACCCCGCCCUCCUCCGACGAAGAGGAGGAGGAGGAGACGGAGGAGGACGAGGAGCGCUCGGAGGUGGAGGUGAUCCCGGGGGGCGUGGCUCCGCCCAGCGCCCCGGCCGCCCCCCCCGCCCACUUCCAGGGGAUUGUCAACCUGGCGUUCGACGACGACGGCGGCGAGCAGGAGAACGCGGCGCCGCCCCCCGCCCCCCCCCCCUCCUCCGGGUUCCGGCGCUCCGUGCUCCUCUCCGUGGACGAGUGGGAGGAGCUUGGCUCGGAGGAGCCCGACUCCGCCUCCUCCUCCGCGCCGCCGCCGCAGGAGAACGGGGGCGCCGACGUCUUCGAGGGCGACGCCCCCUCGCCCCAGCAGGAGGCCAACGCCCCCCCCCAGGAGCGGCCCUGCCACCUGGACCUGCGGCCGGGCGACGGCCACCGGUCCGGGCCGGGCGACGCCCACCGGUCCGGGCCGGGCGACGCCCACCGGGCCGGGCCGGGAGACGCCCACCGGGCCGGGCCGGGCGACGCCCACCGGGCCGGGCUGCGUCUGGACUUGAGUGACGCGGCGCCGGCCCGCCAGAACUCUGCCGCUCAGGAAGCAGCAGCCCCCGCAGAACGCUCCAAUCAGACCCCGCCCCGCUCAGAACGCUCCAAUCAGACCCCGCCCCUCUCAGAACGCUCCAAUCAGACCCCGCCCCUCUCAGAACGCUCCAAUCAGACCCCUCCCCUCUCAGAACGCUCCAAUCAGACCCCGCCCCGCUCAGAACACUCCAAUCAGACCCCGCCCCUCUCAGAACGCUCCAGAGACACAAGUUGUGGCUCAGAGGAGGACAGUGGAGCGGCCCGGGACAGACCCCCGUCCCACGCCCUGUCCCCCAUAUACGAGCUCCAGGGUCUGGGUCUGGACCCGGGGCGCACGGACGAGGAGGAGGAGGAGGAGCAGGAGGAGGAGGAGGAGCAGCAGCAGGAGGAGGAGGAGGAGCAGGAGGAGGAGUUUGCCGAGCGGGACUGGUCCCUCCUCCACCAGCUCCUGUCGGAGCAGGAGUCCAGUCUGGGCGUGAUGAGCCCGGUCCCCGAGGAGCUGAACCUGGCCCAGUACCUCAUCAAGCAGACGCUGUCGCUGGCGCGCGACGGCCCCGCGGCCUGCCACGCCCCGCCCCCGGAGAAGGAGGGCUUCCAGCGCUGGGCGGAGCUCAUCUCCCCCCCCGCCGACGACUCCCCCAGCAGCAUCACGGUCACCAGCUACUCCCCCGAGGACGCAGCCUCCCCGCAGGGGGAGUGGACCAUCCUGGAGCUGGAGACCCACCACUGACCUCCAGAGACCCACCACUGACCUCCAGGGACCCCCCACUGACCUCCAGAGACCCGACACUGACCUCCAGAGACCCACCACUGACCUCCAGAGACCCACCACUGACCUCCAGAGACCCACCACUGACCUCCAGAGACCCACCACUGA